CCAACCGCCAAUAAUUGACCAAUAGAAGAAGAAUACCAUCACAACACCGCUGUCACUGUCAGUCGCACUUUCGGGUCGUUUUUGUGUUUACCUGCGCUGACCAUGGCUGCGGAAGGUGACUUUUUGGCGAGAUACCGUGCUGUAUCGAAUAAGCUUAAAAAACGUUUUCUUCGAAAGCCAAAUGUCGCCGAGGCAAGUGAGCAAUUUGGCCAGCUAGCUAAGGAGCUAAAGCAGCAGGACUGUCUGCAGUAUGCUGCUUUCUGCAACCUUGCCAUGGCCCGGUGUGAGCAGACUCUUUUCAACGCUCCCGGAGAAGCUCUGGCGCUAACCGAUGCUGCACGCCUUUUCCUUUCCUCUGAGAAAGAGAAUCACUCUCUGCAAGCACCAGGCUUUGAUGAACACUUACAGGCAGCACUCAACUGCUACACUUUUGCCAUUAAGGUGUACAUUGAAAUGAAUCAGCCUGUGAUGGCAGCCAGUCUUUGUUUAGAACUUGGCAAUGCACUCAAAGAGAUGAACCGACCAGGAGAAGCUAUUGUUCAUUACCAGAGAGCAGCAGAGCUGCAAACACAGAUGCCAGUGGAAGCUCUUCUGUCAUUGGGAGAAAUGGCUUCGUGUAAAAUUCUCACACGUGACUACGAUGGUGCCCUUUCAGUUUUUACAGAAAUGCAGCUCAUGUGCCAGGAGAGAGGACUGCAACUACCAGGCACCAGCACCCCUGUAGGUGCUUUUCUGGACAUUGUGGCAAGAUGCGAAAUCUCUAGAGUACUCCUCCUGAUGCUGCUUGAGCCUCCUCCUCAGAAGCUUCUGCCAGAACAUGCGCAAACACUGGAGAGAUACGCAUGGGAGUCCUUUGACCCACAUAGCCAAGUGACCUUCCUACCCGAGAAUGUUUUCUUGCUGCUGCAGUCGGUGGUGAUGGCAUGCCAGGAGAAAGACACUGAGUCCCUGAAGUCUCUUCAAACUGAACUAUGGCCACUGCUGACCGCUGAGCAGAAUCAUCUCCUCCACCUAGUGGUUCUGGAGCGCAUCACACCGUCUGGCCAAGGCAUUUAGUAGCGUCCUGUUCUCCUCCGCUUCCUCUGGGAACGAUAGCUAACAUCAUGGAAACAUUCCUGCUUGUGACUGGGUCUGUUGUAAGACCUCAAGAAACGCUUGCACUGAGAGAAAUACCAAUUGUAAAACCUUACAAAAAAAAAUUACUUUUGUGGUAUAAUAUUAAUGUCAUUAUUUUGUGAUUUUACCCAGAAUGGGAGAUCUAAUUGUUUUCUAUAGCGCUUGUUGAGAACGUGGAAUGAAGCCAGAGUAAACUGUACCCCUAAAUCUUGUUGUUAGCCUGCUAAAAUAGUACUGCCUACAUAUUUAUAGCGCCAUUUGAUAGUGUUGAUCUUGAGUUGAAGAAUGAAGCGUGAAGAAGUUUGUUACUAGUUGUUUUAUUGAUUAUAGUAUAUGGCUUCACUCCAAUGUAAUUACAAACCUUCUAAUGCAUAGUUUAGAAAUACGAUCAAAUGAAACACUGUUGUCCUCCAUACUUGGUUCACAUGUACAAAUUGAUGUACUCUUCUCUUAAGAUAGCAGCCUACUACAAACAAAAAAUGCAAAACAUAGUUUGACAAGGAAAGGAAAAUUACAAAAUGUUACAAAAAUAUAAUGGUUACAAUGUACAUGGAUAAAACAAGGAUACACUAUACUUCAAUCAUAAAAUAAAGAUACAUGACUUAAAA